AUGAGAUUCACACGCGGGGCGAUCAACUCAACGAAAAAGUUGCUUGGUUUCACGACAACGUCCAGAAAUAUGGCGUCGAACAAGGUUUUCAACGAGUAUUUUGUGGAAAAAUUGAGAUUUUUGGGAUAUUUUUUGUUUGGAAUUGAAUUUUUCAGGUUUUUUUUUAAUGGAAUUGAAUUUUCUGCAAUAUUUGUUUAUUUGAAAUGCAAUUUUUUGCUUUUUCUAAGCAUUUUCAAACGUUUGAAGAGAUUUAGAACCUUUUUUCAAAGUUAUUUAACUUCAGAAAGUGUUCGAUUUUUUUAUUUUUAGUUCAGAUUUGAUUUUUUUAUAUGUUUAUUUCAUUUUUUUGUAACUUUGAAACUUGGUUUUAACGCUUUUUCCUGCUGAAAAAAAUCAGUGAUUUAUGAAGAAUUUUUUUUAAAUAUCUGCUCAAAAAUGGAUUUAUUUAUGGGAAUUUUUUUAAAAAUUCCGUGUUUUAUCUUAGAUUUUUUUAGAUUUACUUGUUCUACAGUUUUCACAAUAUUUCAGGUUUUUGAAUUUUUUUAUCGUUUCACGGUUUUUUUCUACAACAAGAAUAUACACUGAAAAAAAGCUUAUUAUUUUUCUAAUUUGCGGAUCACUUACUAGGGAAUGUUUUUUUACCCCCUGUUGAACUUUUUGAUGAAACUUUGCUGAUUGACACUUCAGCAAAUUUUUCAUCAUAAGUUCAACUUGCGGGGGGAUUUUAUGGUUUUCAAAAAAUGAACACUUUGAGCAGCUACAACUCUUCCUUUUUCCAUCCUUCCUUAUUGAUUUGAAGAAAUUCAGAUUCUGAAUGUGGAAAACAUCAACCCCAACGUCAUCACGAUGCAGUACGCCGUCCGUGGCCCGAUCGUCAUCCGAGCCGUUCAAUUGGAACACGAACUCGCCGAAGUUUGUCAUUUCAGUCAGGCUUUUGCGUCAGGGCGAGCCGGCCCUGGCUUUUCUUGAGAAAAAAACCAAAAAAUAAAAAUCUAUAGCUCAUUUUUGAGCUCCUGAAAAGUAUCGAAAGUUUCCCUGACCCUACUUUUUUUUCGCAUUUUUUUCUUAAAAGGUCAAGAAAAAAACCAAGUAGUUUAUAACUGUAGCAACUUCAAGGCGAAAGAUAUGACCCUAAUCGUUUCUAAAACGUUUUUCAAAGAAGUAUUUUAGGAUUUCAGAAAAUCACUGACACGGGAAAUCAUUUUAAUUUGCGACUUGGGAUUUUCUAAAAUUUGCUCAAAUAAUCUCUGUAGGUUUAUAUGAAGACUUAUCAAAGUUGCAAGCAGCGGCAGCUUCUAGUUUUUGAGAUAACUAAUUUUGGAGUUCUAAAACUUAUAUUUCGCAACUUUGGAAAAUCAUAUCUCAAAAACUAGAAGUUUGACCAGAUAGCGACUAUUGGGAAUAUAUUUCUGGACCUUCAGAAAAUAUUUGAGCGAUUUUCCUGGAGAAUUCUAAAAGUUGAAUGAUCUCCCUUGUGAAAGGUUUUGUUGUUACGAGCCCAAUUUUAAUCUUAAAAUACUGGUCUUGUUCUGACUUUUUUUUACGGGGAAAUUCUCAAACUGACCCCAGUUCCCAAGGAAAAAGGAGUUUUUUAUAGAUUUUCUGUUCAGGGAGCCAAAAAGCCGUUCAAAAGUGUGAUCAAGGCGAACAUCGGAGAUGCUCAUGCGAUGGGACAAAAACCGAUCACUUUUAUCCGACAGGUAAGUGGAAAAUCACCUGAAAAGUAUUGAUAUGUUUUCCAAGGUGCUUACCUGCGUCACGGAUCCGUCGCUCAUGGAAAAGGGCGAUUUCCCGUCGGACGUCGUCGAAAGGGCCAAGGUUUCCUCUGAAAAAUAGUUGAAAAAAUUUUUUUUCCAAAAUUUUGAAGCUUUUACUUCUCUUCUAAUGAUACUUUUGAACUAAAAUUGAAGUUUCAAUCGAAAAUUAGCUAUCUAAAUCGAUAAAUAAAAUGAAAUAAUAUUACUGAUGCGCCAAGGUUACGUAUGAAAAAAAUGGUUUAUCGAGCAAAACUUCUUGGAAAAAAAGUCUGAAUAUUUUUUUGAAUGGGAAAAAAAUCUCUCGGAAAAAUUUUUAACUCUCGUCCUUUUGAACUAAUCUUCGAGUUUUUUUAUUGAAAUUUACCUAACCAUAGAAUAAUUUUUAAGGAUUUAGUGGCAGGGGCCAAGGUUUUGUUUGAAAAAAAUAGUUUAUCCACACAAAAUUCUGCGAAAUGAUUGUAUCAGCAUUUGACUUUUUGUUCCAACAUUAUUUUUAGUAGAAACCUUCGAAUUUUUUUCCAAAAAAAUUCUCUGUCAAAAAUCAAAAAAAAUAAUAUUAAAGACAAAGGGCCAAGAUUUCCUUCGAGAAAUGUUUCAAUAAGCAAACAAAAAUUCUCUUUUAAACUUUGGAGAAAUUUUUUUCAGAAGAUUUUAACUUUUUCUACUUCUUCAACAGGCUUUUUAGUAUUGAUCUGCAUGAAAUUAAGUUUUUUUCAAUGGCUCUUUUGGCUUUUUCCAAUGUUUCAGUAACGAAAUUCGCAUCAAUUUUGGCAAUUUUCAUAAAUUAUUCGGGUUUUGGUCAUAUUUCCUAGUAUUUAAAAUCAACUAACGUAGACUAGUCUUCGAAAAAUUGUUCCGGAUUUUUUUUUUGGUCGUCAAACGAAAUGUGACCUGAAAUGGGCUACAAUUUUGCUUUAAACAAGUUCAAAUAUGAUUGCACUAAGGUCUCGAAGCGAAAACGGGUGAAGUACGGUACUUUUGAAGGCCUUAUACGAAAAAAUAUGCCGAUUUUCAAUGAAACGAGGAAAAAUUAGUGCUACCUAAAUUUUUUUAUCCGAUUGUUCGGCUUUUCCAUUCAUUUGUGAGGAAUCUAUUGGAUUUUCAAUGUUCAGACGAUCCUGGGCGGCUGCGGAGGCCAAUCCGUCGGCGCCUACUCCCAAAGUACGGGCGUUGACGUCAUCCGCCAACACGUGGCCGACUAUAUCGAAGUUUCCUGCUUCAAAUCAACCCAAAACUGAGCAUUUCUCUGUUCCAGAAACGCGACGGCGGCGUCAAAUCCAACUUUGACAACAUUUGCCUCUCCGGCGGCGCUUCCGAAUCCAUCCGGAACGUCUUGAAGCUGUUCAUCAACCACAGCUCGCCGAAGCCCAUCGGCGUCAUGAUCCCCAUCCCGCAGUAUCCCCUCUAUUCGGCCACAUUGGCGGAGUAUGGCCUGGGACAGGUUUGUGGAGGGGGGUGAAAAGAAUAUGAAAUAUUUGACGGAAAAAAAUUCAGGGAUUAAUACUGAAAACUCACUUUUUUUCAGAAUUUCGGGCUUUUUGAGCGUUUUAGGAUCGAAACUUGCAUCCAUUUUUUUGAUGGGAAAAAAAGAAAUCAGAUAAACAUUAUUUUUGGAUUGUGACUUGGGACAGGUGGGGAAGGGGGGCGGUGCAAUAAAAAUACAGAGAAAAAAAAUAAAUGAUCCACGAAAAAAAAUAAAAGGAAUUCAGGGGCAAAACGGGUUUUUCUCCAGAAUUUUUUUGGUUUUGGGGGGCAAAGAAAAGACCAAAAAAACAAAGAAUGGAUGGUUGAAAGUUUUGACAGAAAAAAAUUAGGGAUUCUCCAGGUUUUUUUGAGGGGGGCAGAGGAAAAUUACACGGAAAAGUUGAGGGGUUCUUUCUAAAAAAAUUUGCCUUUUUUUCCAGUAUUUUUUUGAUUUUUUUGAGUAUUUCAGAGUUGAAAUUUUUCAUCUGGUUUUUGGCGUUUUUUUCAUGGAAAAAAAUUCAGAAUAUCCUCUUUUGAAUAUGACUCGGGAGAGGUACAGAAGGAGACAAAAAAAUUUAAAAAGGAUAAAAGAAAGAUUUUUAAAGAAAAAAAUUAAAGGGAUUUAUACUGAAAAUUCGAUUUUUUUCCAGAAUUUUUCGGCUUUUUUUGAGUGAAUCGGAACUGACUUGGGAUUCAUUAAAGGCAAUUUUUGAUGAAAAAAAUAGGGGUAUCAUUUUUUUUUCGAUGUGACCUGUGAUGGAAUGGAAGAGCUUAGUUAAUUUGACUGGAUGAAAUAUUAAAAAAAAAAAGAAGCUGUUUUUCUCAAGAUUGGCUACUUCCUGAACGAGGAGAGCAACUGGUCGUUGGACGAGAAGGAGCUGGAAAGGUCUCUGAGCGAAAGUCUCAAGACCUACGAUACCCGUGUCUUGUGCGUUAUCAACCCUGGGAAUCCCACGGGACAGGUUUUUUUUUGAAGACUCAAGGUUUUUCCUGGAAAUUCGAAACUCUUUUUUUUUGCCAUUUAUGACGGAAUUAUUAAGAUUUUUCGUCUUUCGCUCCGUUGAAAAAAGGGAUUUUUCACGAAAAAAAAAAGAAUUUUUUGAAAUAACUUUCUUCAUUUCUAACAAAAUUAACUGAAGAAUUCUUCGAUUCUCUGAAAAAAAAAAAUUUUUUUUCCCUUUUUCAAGCCCAUUUUUUUGCGAAAAAUACUUCUUUUUUUUGUUCCCCAUUGUCAUAAAAAUUGAGGAUUUUUCUCCAUAUUUUAUGUCAUUUUUGUUCUCAGGUCCUGUCGCGAAAAAACAUCGAGACGAUCAUCAAAUUCGCCCACAAACACAAGCUUUUCCUGCUGGCUGACGAAGUCUACCAGGACAACGUCUACGCCCAAGGAUCCGAAUUCCAUUCGUUCAAGAAGGUCGUCAGCGAGCUGGGCGACCCUUACAACAAGUGGGGAGUUGGGCGGGAGGAAAAUAAUUGGCAUUUUUUGAGGGAAAAUGGGUUUUUUAGUCAAGAUUUUGAGCUCCAGAAGCAUAAAAAAAUAUUUUUUGUGAAUUUUUGGGGAAAAUUUGGUUUUGGUGCAAGGACUUUUGAGCUCUAGAAACUCAGAAAAAAAGAAAUUUUUGAGAAUUUUUGAGAAAAAUUGCGAUGAAGAUUUGGUGUUUAGUAACGGAUUUUUCAGCUCCAGAAGCUUGAGAAAAAGGAGUUUUUUUGAGUAAAUUGAGAAAAAAAUAUCAAGUUUUUUUAAUGGAAGGAAUACAGCCCCAGAAGCUCAAAAAAAAGAAGUUUUUGUGGAUUUUUGAUGAAAAUUGAGGGAAUUUUUGAUGUUAGUGAAGGGAUUUCAGCUCCAGAAGCUCAAAAAAGGCAGUUUUUGUGGAUUUUUGGUGAAAAUUGAGGGAAAUUUUGAUGUUAGUAAAGAAAUUUCAGCUCCAGAAGCUUAAAAAAAGAUUUUUUGGUGAAAUUGAGAAAAAUAUCAAGUUUUUAAUGGAGGGAUCACAGCCCCAGAAGCUCAGAAAACGGAAUUUUGUGGAUUUUUGGUGAAAAUUGAGGGAAUUUUUGAUGUUAGUGAAGGGAUUUCAGCUUCAGAAGCUUAGAAAACGGAAUUUUGUGAAUUUUUGGCGAAAAUUGAGAAAAAUAUUAAGUUUUUAAUGAAAGGAUCACAGCCCCAGAAGCUCAGAAAACGGAAUUUUGUGAAUAUUUGGUGAAUAUUUAGAGAAAAAUGGGGUUUGUGCAAGGAUUUCGAGCUCAAGAAGCUUGAAAAAAAGAGUUUUUGGUGAAAAUUGAGGGAUUUUUUGAUUUUAGUGAAGGGAUUACAGCCCCAAAAGCUCAGAAAAAGUAGUUUUUGGUUGAUUUUUUUGCUCGAAUUUUUCACUAGAAAAUGCUUAAAUUUUUUUGUUUUUUUUUUGUUUUCAAACAACGUGGAUUUCGCAAGAUUUCGAACUCAAAUAGCUCCGAAAAAAAGAUUUUUUUGGUUGAAUUUGAGAGAAUUUUCGAUGUUAGAAGAGGAAUUUCAGCUCCAGAAGCUCAGAAAAAUGAGCUUUUGGUGAUCAUUUAGGAGAAAAUGACUGAAUUUGUUCGAAAACCGUUGAUUUUUGGCCUUCAUCUUUUGUGACUUUUUUGACAGUUGAUUCAUCAAAAAAAUGACUUCAAAAUGUGAUUUUUCGUCUUUUUCUUCUUGAGAAUUUUCAAAAAAUAGUCUCUCGAAUGAAAAAUAGCCAUUUUGUUCAAAAAUCAGAUUGGAACUCGCCUCGUUCCACUCGGUCUCCAAAGGCUACAUGGGCGAGUGCGGCCUCCGCGGCGGCUAUGUCGAAUUCCUGAACCUCGACCCCGAAGUCUACGUCUUGUACAAGAAAAUGUGCUCCGCCAAGCUUUGCUCGACCGUUUUGGGACAGGUAAAUUUGCUCCAAGGAGAAAAAACGGGUUGGAAAUGCGGAAAAAUGAUAGGAAUCCAUGUUUAUCAACGUUUUUUGCUUGAGAAUUGAUCUACAGAUUUUUGAGGUCAAUCUGAGUAAAGAAACUCUUGAAAGACUAUUUUCUUAAUGUUUCUCUAAAAAGGGGAAGUUUAUACAGAUUUUUUUAGAAACUGAAAUGAUUUUUUUGAAGUUUAUAAAUGCGCCGUCCAGGGAUAGGUCUAUGUGUUUUUUUGAGAUAAUAAAGAAAUUUAAAAACCUUGAAUGUUUUUCCAGAAGUUUAAAAAGUGUGUAGAUGAUUUUAAGGCAAUUUGGAGGAAUUUGAGUUUUUUUAGAUAAAUUGUUUGAUAAAAGGUAAAAUUUAUAAUUAGGACAAGUUCUAUCUCGAAAAGUGGAACAAAAUUGAGAAAUAGACGUAAAUUUUUGGUGUCAGGGCAAUAUGGGCUCGAGAAUUGAACAGAGAACACUUUUUAAAACGAAAAGCUUCAUUUCUUCAUUUAAUCUUUAUUUGCUACGAUUUUUUUGUUCAAUUUUUCGGUUUUUAUACGGAAAAUAGGGAUCUUCGAAGAAAUUAGGGCAAGAAACUUGAGAAUCCUGUACGAAUUGUGGAUUUUUUGAACACCCAUCGAAUAAAUUUCUUCUUCAGUCCUUGUCUGUGAUGAAAGGAGUAGUUUCCAGGCCGUCAUCGACGCCGUCGUCAACCCGCCCAAGCCUGGAGAACCCUCCUAUGAACAGUGGAAAAAGGUGAGAAAACUUUUGAAAAGCCUACAUAAAAAAGGAAAAAAAAAUUUCAGUUCAAACUUUUACUUUUUUUUCAAACAAAAAGUUGAAAAAAAGUUUCUCAAAACGCAAAAGAAGUACAUUUUUGUUUUUUUAACCUACUUUCUCGCGUUUUUGUUCCAUUUUUUUUUACGAUGAAAUAAUUCUUGAUUCCACUUUUUCUCACAAAGAUUUCAAUAAAAAAUAGUUUUUGAAAACGUAUUUUUGGUUACGGUUUUUUUAAAUAUUUUUUUUCGGUUUAAGCAUAAUUUUUCUCCCUAUUUUUUUCUCUUAUAUUGGUCUUUUUUUCGUUUAAUUUUGUUCUAAAUAGAGGACAUGGAUUAUGGACGAGAUUGGAGUGAAUUCUAAAAAAAAAUUUGCUCUAAAUUGAAGUUUUUUCGGUGUAAAUUCGGAAUUUGCAGUACAAUUUUCAGUCGGCUUGGAAAAAAAAAAGCGACUUAAACGUGUUUCCUGUUCCAAACUCUCUUCAAAAUUAAUUUUUUUCUAUUUAGUGACUAUUCCUUGGAAAAUGUUUAGACCACUAUAGAAGUUCUUUAGAACCUACUUAAUUAAACUUCCGCCAUGACGUCACUAAUGAAAAGAGGCGUAUGCACUGAUAGGAGAUUUAUCUUACUUUCAUAUUUUCAAAGAAAUCGAUUUUCAGGAACGCGACUCGGUGCUCGCCUCCCUGAAAGAACGCGCCACUCUCGUCGAAAAGGCCUACGGCAGCAUCGAAGGAAUCUCCUGCAACCCGGUCCAAGGCGCCAUGUACGCCUUCCCGCAGAUCCAUCUUCCCGCCAGGGCCGUCGAGAAGGCCCGAGUACGGUUUUGAGAACUUUUCCCAAGCUUUUGGGUUUUUUGGCACAUUUUUCCGUAAAGUGUAGUGUGUCGUGUGCAUGCACCGCGACGCUCUCGCGCAUACCGUGUUCAAAUUAAUUUUUGCGAAAUUCAGAAUCGUAUCUAAAUUUUUGAUAUUCAGUUAUGUUUUGCACUUUUUGGUGGCUAUUUUUGAAUUUGGCGGAACUACUCUCAACACGGCAUGUGUUUUAAAACAAAAACAAAAAAAUCGCGUUUUUUUAAUGUGAAAUCGGUUCGUCUCAGGACCCAUUGGACAUGCGCCUUUAAUAUUCCCUGUGGUUUACGCGUUUUUCCCAUGACGUCACAUGGGAACGGCGGAGGUUUUGACCACGCCCCCUUGAUUUUUGAAUUCGCAUUUUCUUCCAAUAACAAAAACGCCGUGGGGGAGGAAAUUUAGCCGUAUUUCUCUUCACCUUUCUUACGAUGAAAAAUGUUCAUGAAGCUUUUUCAACGUCAGAAAUAAGGAGUUUUUUUUUUCUUCCAGUCGCUGAACCAAGAGCCCGACUUCUUCUACGCGAUGCAGCUUCUGGAGGCGACCGGCGUUUGCAUCGUCCCCGGCAGCGGAUUCGGACAAAAGGAUGGAACCUAUCAUUUCAGGUAGGAGAAGAGUUGAUUUGAAACCUUGCACCUAGGAAAAUGUUCGCUAUAUUUCCUAGGGUUAAUUGCUUUUUUUCAAACUAUGUAGGGAUGAUCUGUAGCUUUUUCAAAAAACCUGGAUAAAGUUCGAAAUUUUGAAAAUGCACCUAAUUUUACCGACUUUUCAGAAAACCCAUUUUUUUUAGCUCUGUAGGGAGGAUCUGUAGCUUUUUCAAAAAGGCCUGGAAAAGUUGAAAUUUUCAAAAUUGUAUCAAAAAUGACCUAAACUUCUCAGAAAACCUCAUCUUGGCCUUCUUUUCUCACCUCAACUUUAUGAAAAAAAAGUUGAGGCAUUCUGGAUUUUCAUAUAGAAGCUUUCUACAAGAAUUAACAGUUACAACAUCUACAAUAAUUACAGUAAUUUUUUUGCGAGAGUAAAAUAUGUAUUUUUAAGAAAAAAAUGGAGCCUUAAAAUUAAUUUUGGCCCUUGAAAAGGUUUUUUUGAAUAAAAUUCUGUCCUUCUUUUUCCACCUUUUUUUAAACAAAAAUGUCUAAAAAAAAUUUUAACGUUUUGAAUUUUAUAAUAGACCGUUUCUACACCUUUUUCUUUUCAAUUUCGGUAUAUUAACAUUUUUUUUGAGAAAAAUGGAGCCUCAAAAUCAAUUUUUGGCCCUUGAAAAGAUAUUUUUAAGCGUUUUUCAUGAUAUUUUCUUUUUUUCUUCAGCUUUUCCUGAUGAAAAAAUGUUUAUUUUCUCCUUCUUCUUUCACCUUUUUUUCUAAAGAAACGUCUCAAAAAAAUUUAACACCUUCUUGAUUUUUUUGUAGUAGAGAGUUUCCACAGUAGCUGCCUUUUUUUGGAAGUUUCGGUGCGAAAAAUAUAUUUUUUUGAGGAAUAUGGUGCCUUAAAAUUGAUUGUCGGCAUUUGAAAAAAAUCUAUAAAGGACUUUUUCUUCGGAUUUUACUGAUUUUUAGUGAUUUUAAUGUUCCAGAAAACCACAUUUUGUCCUUUUUUUCAUCUUUUUUUAGAAAAAAAAUGUCUAAAAAAAUUUUACGACGUUUUUUUGAAUUUUUAUAAUAGAAGGUUUCUACAGGAGAUAACCUUUUUUUCGCUGCAUAAAAUAUUUUUUUCGAGAAAAAAAUGGAGCCUUAAAAUCAAUUUUAGGCGCUUGAAAUCAUAUUUUGAAGCGUUUUUUUCAUUAUAUUUUUUUCUUUUUUUCUUCAGCUUUUUCCUGAUGAAAAAAAUGUUCCAAAAAAAUUAAAUUUUAUCCUUUUUUUCACCUUUUUUUCUAACGAAAGUAUUUUUUUAAAAAAACUCACAACCUUCUCGAUUUUUUUAUAAUGAACGGUUUCUACAGUAGCUACUCUCUUUCGGAAAUUUCAGUGAAUAAAAUAUUUUUUUGGAGAAAAAAAUGGAGCCGUAAAGUCAAUUUUAGGCCCUUUGAAAUAUAUUUUUGAAGCGUUUUUUUCAUUAUAUUUUUCUUUUUUUCUUCAGCUUUUUCCUGAUGAAAAAAAUGUUCUAAAAACCACCUUUCGGCCUUUUUAUGUUUUUUUCUAGAAAAAAAUGUCUAAAAAAAGUUUUACGACGUUUUUUUGAAUUUUUAUGAUAGACGGUUUCUACAGUAACCGUUUUUUUAUGCGAAAAAUGGGGGUGAAUAAAUUUUUGUUGAGAAAAAAAUGGAGCCUUAAAAAUCAAUUUUAGGCGCUUGAAAUCAUAUUUCGAAGCGUUUUUUUAAUUUUAUUUUUCUCUUUUUUUCAUCAGCUUUUUCCUGAUGAAAAAAAUGUUCCAGAACUUCAAAUUCCAUUUUGUCCUUCUUUUUUUCAACCUUUGUCUAUGUCUCAAAAAUGUUCAACACCUUGAAUCUUAUAAUAGACGGUUUCUACAGUAACUAACAUUUUUCGCGAGAAUAAAAAAUGUAUUUUGAGAAAAAUGGCGCCUUUAGUGGCUUUCAAAGGUUUUUCCACUGUUUUCUCACCUUUUUCGUCACUUUUUACAAAUGAAAAAUGUUGCAGAACGACAAUCCUGCCCCAGUCGGACCUCUUCAAGGACAUGCUGGACCGAUUCCGCUCGUUCCACACGAAAUUCAUGGAGGAAUACAAAUAA